GGAAGAACGAUGUACAGAAAAAAAAAAUACAAAGAUGGAAAGCUCAGUUGGGGAAAAAUACCCAAAUCCAUCACCUAUUUGUGCCCUAAAUUUUAUUACCUUCAACUCGAAGCUUAGUGGUAGGGACAACUAUGGCCUGUGGAAAAUACAGAUGCUAGUAUGCCUCCUAGAUAGUCACCAAAUCAAUGGAAAACCAGUAACCCCUCAAACCAGAUUUACAGUGAAAAGAUCAGAUGCUCUUGUCAAAGUUUGGAUUCUUGGUUCUCUCUCUGAACGUACAGGGGGGCCAUUAAGGGAUCCGAUUAUUGAAGCCACUAGCCAAAAUGCAAACAAUGUGGCUUUCUUUCCAAAUGCAAUUUGGAGUGCCAAUGAAGAUGGUCACAACAUUAUUCAAUAUGAUGUUUACAACCUACUAUAUCAAAUUGUUGGUCAAAAGAGUACUUAUAGAACAAUCAAAGACUCUUUUGGAAAUAACCUAUUGCAUUUGAUUCAACAAUUGCCAAUUAUCAACAAAUUGAAUCUUAUAUCAUGGUAGCUUUACAAAUACAACGUGAACUACAAUGGUUUAAGGAAGUUGAAAGAUUUGUGUGUUCUCUAGAGAUAACACACGAAAUACCUCAAAUGGUAUUUACAAGAGAACACAAAGACUUGGUAAUUGAAGGAGAAAAAUGGAUGAAAACCACAUAAAGACAUACAUAAUUAUUACUAUACUAGUCAACAACAUUGUAUUUGCAAUAUCCGGUACCAAUUACUACUACAAUAGUCAACAACAUUGUAUUUAGAGGAUCAUUUCCAAUUACUGCUAUACUAGUCAACAAUAUUGUAUUUGCAUAUCUAAUACCAAUUACUAUUACACUAGUCAACAACAUUGUAUUUGCAAUAUCUAUGAUGGUAAUGAGAGGAUAUAAUUAAUACACAUGGAUGUCAGUUUUUACUA